UCACCUGAAGCUUACAUAUUACCAGAACAGAAAAGUCAACGUUUUGAAAACCCUGAAAAGGUAAAUUAUGAUAUAAUAGGAGAGUAGUUUCAAAAUCCCUAUCAUAUAGAGAGAAAUUACAUUCUCUCCUAUCAAGAACUGUUCUUGUUUACUCACAGGAACAGAGAAGCCAGACUCUCUCUCUCUCUCUCUCUCUUGUUCUCUGAGUUCACUAACAAUGGAGAAAUCAGGCUAUGGAAGAGAUGGGAUAUACAGAUCACUUCGUCCUUCCGUGGUCUACCCCAAAGACGCAAACCUCUCUAUGGUGCCUUUCCUUUUCAGGAACUCCUCUUCCUAUUCCGACGAACUCGCCCUCGCCGACGCAGAUUCCGGCGAAACCCUCACCUUUGCCCAGUUCAAAACAAUGGUCGCCAAGGUCGCUCAUGGUCUACUUCAUUUAGGUAUCAAAAAAGGUGACGUUGUUCUCAUCUUCGCUCCUAAUUCCAUCCAGUUCCCUCUCUGUUUCCUUGGCAUUGUCGCUCUCGGAGCCAUUGCCACUACUGUCAAUCCUCUCUACACCACCGGCGAGCUAUCCAAACAGAUUAAAGAUUCUCAUCCUAAGCUCGUCAUCACUGUUCCUCUGCUUUGGGACAAAGUCAAAGAUUUCGGUCUGCCGGCGGUGAUGUUGGGUCCGGUCAAUGAUUUGCCGCCGAUUGUCUCCCGUGCCGGGAUCACGCCUUUCUCCUACGUGGUCUCCCUUGCCGGACACGUUUCGGAUUUGCCCCAGGUUUCGAUCAAACAGACCGAUACGGCGGCGCUCUUGUACUCCUCUGGCACUACUGGGACGAGUAAAGGUGUUGUUCUUACCCACCGGAACUUCAUCACCACCGCUCUCAUUGUGACCGCCGACCAGGAACUCGCCGGCGAUAUGCACAAUAAAAUUCUUUGUUUCCUUCCCAUGUUUCAUAUAUACGGACUGUCCAUUAUUGUCUAUUCCCAGUUGCAGAAGGGGAAUAUGGUUGUCACCCUCGGGAAGUUCGAUUUUGAAUUGGUUUUGAGAGCAGUGGAGAAGUAUAGGGUGACCCAUAUGUCUGUAGUUCCACCAGUCAUGAUUGUUCUGGCCAAGCAGAGUUUGGUGAAGAAGUACGAUCUCUCAUCUCUCAAGCACAUUGGUUCUGGUGCGGCUCCUCUUAGUAAGGAGAUAAUGGAGGAGUGUUCCAAGAACUUGCCUCAUGCCAUUAUUUAUCAGGGUUAUGGGUUGACUGAAACAUGUGGAGUUGCAACAUUAGAGAAUCCAAAUGGAGGACUAGCUCGAAAUUCUGGUUCAUCUGGGCAACUUGCUUCAGGACUUGAAUCGAAAAUAGUUAGUGUAGAAACACAGAAGCCUCUUCCUCCCAAUCAAUUAGGGGAAGUAUGGCUCCGAGGACCAAAUAUAAUGCAAGGUUAUUACAACAAUCCUGAGGCCACGAAAGAGACAUUAGAUAAUCAAGGUUGGUUACACACCGGAGAUCUUGGAUAUUUCAACGAAGAAGGACAGUUAUUUGUUGUUGAUAGAAUAAAAGAGCUCAUCAAGUGUAAAGGAUUCCAGGUGGCACCAGCUGAGCUUGAAGGACUUCUUCUUACUCACCCAGAGAUAUUAGAUGCGGUUGUCAUCCCAUUUCCUGAUGAUGAAGCUGGUGAGGUCCCAAUUGCGUAUGUUGUCCGGUCACCCAACAGUUCCCUAAGAGAAGAAGAUGUUCAAAAUUUUAUCGCGAAGCAGGUUGCUCCCUUCAAAAGAUUGCGUAAAGUAACAUUCACAAGUAGUGUUCCAAAAUCAGCUUCAGGAAAGAUCCUUCGAAGAGAGCUUAUCGCGAAAGUCCGAUCCAAACUAUAAGAUGAUAAGAUCGAUCAUGCAACACCCAUGUCUUCAUCUCUUUUUUGGUUGUUUGUGGCCAAGAAUGAGAAGAAUCCAGGGGAGUCUCUGCAUACCAUUCAGCUGUAAUUAGAUUGGUUAAUUACCACAUGAUUAUCAAAAUAAUAAUCAAAACAAUGAGGAGUUGUAACUUAUAAUGCCAAGAUUGCUCAAGAAAAUCCUUGCCCUCCCCAUUGGUUGUGUACUAAAAAAAAGGAUGCAUGAGGAUAUCUAUGUUAUUUCAAAUAUGACACUUCGAACAUCAAUCUUAAUGGGGUAGUGGAUUCAGCAAGCC